AUGUCUUAUUUCAUGACGUUUUGUGACCCGGUGUUUCCUCUUCGCUUAACGACCUCACAUCGACUGGCAGUCCUAUUUAUGACUCUCCUCGGUGCGGUAUCACUCGCUCGGAUGCUCUGCAGGCGCAAGAGGAAUCCUAGUGGAUUGUCCUUGCCUCCAGGACCGAAAGGGCUCCCGAUUCUUGGAAAUCUACUGCAGAUGCCCUCGGAACGUCACUGGGAAGUGUACAAGGAGUGGGGGAAGCAAUACGGCGAUAUAAUCUACCUGGAAGUUCUCGGUUCCCCCAUCCUAGUUCUCAACUCUUUAGCCCCUGUCGUUGAUCUCCUGGAGAAGGCUGCACCCAUUUUCUCUGACCGGCAAUACGUACCUGCCUAUGAAAUGAUCCGCGUCACUUGGAACUUUGUCACAAUGGACUACUCCCAGAGAUGGCGAGAUCAUCGACGCUCCUUUCACCAGUUCUUCCACCAGAGAGAAGUCCAGAAAUAUAGACCGAUUAUCGAACAGGAGGUACAUGCCUUCCUGGGACGGAUUGCGAAUAACCCAAAGGCGCUAUUACAGGAAACUCGAUAUUGCUUUGGGGGAAUAAUUCUCCGUAUCUCGUAUGGCGUGGACGAUUACGAGUACAACAAAUCCCUCAUCGCUCAUGCCGAGCUAUCCGUGAAAGGGUUCUCCGAGGUCACUCUGCCAGGUCGGUUUUUGGUCAAUCAGUUCCCGAUUAUGGAGCACAUCCCUUCUUGGCUUCCCGGAGCUGGGUGGAAACGUAGGUUGGAAGAGGUGACGGCUGCUUCGGAGGUUAUCUUGGCGAAGCCUUUCAGAGAGGCUAAAGAACGAAUUAGGAGUGGGCAGGAAACUGAAUUUAUGAGUGUUGCCGCUCGCCUCAUUGAGUUGCUACCAAAUGAGGAUGAUCCAAGUUAUGCGUCGGAAGAAGAACUGGCGAGGAAUACUGCCCUCGUGGCCUACUUUGCUGGUUCUGAUACAACGGUUACAUCGACUCAUGCUCUGUUUUUCGCUCUGGCGACCCAUCCGGAAGUACAACGCCGGGCGCAGGAGCAGAUUGACGCGAUCGUCGGGAAGCAUCGCUUACCCACUCCCGAGGAUUGCUCUCAGUUACCCUACGUCCAUGCCAUCGUCAAAGAGGUGAAUCGCUGGCACACUGUCCUUCCUCUCGCCAUUCCACACGUUUCUUCCCAAGACUUUGAGUACAAUGGUUACUUCAUUCCCAAAGGAACAUCCGUUCUACCCAACGCCUGGGCCAUCAUGCACGAUGCUAACACGUUCAAAGACCCUUUCGAGUUCAGACCAGAGCGUUAUCUAACCGAAGACGGGAACCUUGAUGCAUCUGUUUUAGAUCCAAACGCCGGGCAAUUCGGGUAUGGGCGGAGGAUUUGUCCUGGUCGUCAUUUGAGCAAUGAAGCUCUCACCUACUUCGUCGCAUGUUUCCUCGCAGUGUUCGAGAUCAAGCCUCCAAAGGACGAACUUGGCAACUGCUUACCGAUGGAAAUGAAGGUGAACUCCGACCUUCUGUGCGCCCCUGAACCUUUCGAUUGCGAGGUUACCCCUCGUUCGCGCGCCCACCUGGCACUUGUCAGGGACUUUGUACCAAGCUCGAAUUAG